GCACUGCAAAGCUAUUUACGUUACCUCCAAGACGGCCCAGUUAAUGGAGUCACGCGGCCACGCCAAUAAAACAAAUGAGACCGAAGCAGAUGUAAAGGGGAUUUUACUUGAAAUAGAUAAUUGGUCACAGAUAGAUGCUGUCUAGAUUGCAAUGACCACGAAGGAAUUUUUUUAAGAUAAGUAAUUGGCUCGUUUGCAGCUGUCUCGCCGUGUCAACACAAAGGCCUAUGUAGCUAGCUAGCUAGCAAACGCCAACCUCAACUGCAGCAAAUUACCAGGCGUGCUAUUUUAUUUUAUUUUAUUUUAUCUGUAACGCAGUUAAGCUGCUCAGCCAACAAGACAGCAUAGUUUUUUGUUGCUUUUUUUCACGAUAAUGGCGGAACAGGUUGCAGCGGCCAUGCAGAAUUUAGACAGGAGCUGCUGGGUGUGCUUCGCCACAGAUGAGGAUGACCGCACAGCAGAGUGGGUGCGUCCGUGUCGCUGCCGGGGCUCGACCAAGUGGGUUCACCAGGCCUGCCUGCAGCGCUGGGUGGACGAGAAGCAACGGGGCAACAGCACCGCACGCGUGGCCUGCCCGCAGUGCAACGCAGAAUACCUCAUCGUCUUUCCCAAACUGGGCCCCGUGGUCUACGUGCUGGACCUGGCUGACCGGCUCAUCUCUAAAGCCGGCCCCUUCGCCGCCGCCGGCAUCAUGGUGGGCUCCAUCUACUGGACGGCAGUCACCUACGGCGCGGUCACUGUCAUGCAGGUGGUGGGCCAUAAGGAGGGCCUGGACGUUAUGGAGCGGGCCGACCCUCUGUUCCUGCUCAUUGGCCUGCCCACCAUCCCCGUCAUGCUGAUCCUCGGCAAGAUGAUCCGCUGGGAGGACUACGUCCUGCGUCUGUGGAGGAAGUACUCCAACAAGCUGCAGAUCCUCAACAGCAUCUUCCCAAGGAUCGGCUGCCCAGUUCCUCGCAUCCCGGCAGAGGCCAGCCCCUUGGCAGACCACGUGUCGGCCACACGGAUCCUGUGCGGCGCCCUGGUCUUCCCCACCAUUGCCACCAUCGUGGGGAAGCUCAUGUUCAGCAGCGUCAACUCCAACCUGCAGAGGACCAUCCUGGGAGGCAUCGCCUUUGUGGCCAUCAAAGGGGCGUUUAAGGUGUACUUCAAGCAGCAGCAGUACCUGAGGCAAGCCCACCGCAAGAUCCUGGACUUCCCUGAGCAGGAGGAAGCAUGAGGAGGCUGCGGCGUCCAGAGGGAGGACAGCCGGUCCAGCCACACAGGAUUCGGACUGUCGGACUCUGAACAGGAAGCGUUGGUGAAACCGACUUAGGAUCAGUGUCGGCCUCCCUACGCCUCAGCCCUUCUGGAGUGAUUCACCGCACAGCCGCUGACAUCCAUGCAAGGAUCCCCACCGCCGCCACUACACUGUUUUUAAACUGGACGCUUUCAUAAAGUGAAGACGGAUAACACUUGUGGACACAGACUGGAGCAUGUUGCCAGUCAGUGUGCAGUUCUAGACACACAUCGGAUCAAGGGCGUCGUGCUGUGUGACUUCUGGGUGGAUUUGCUUCCACAACCCCGUAACUAACACUUAUUGUAAAUGUACUAUAUUUUAAAGAUUAAAAAGGCGGGCCAUGUGUAAUUUAGAAAGUUUUAUAAUAAUAAUAAAUGAUUGUUUUAUAAUUAUUUCAAAGAUUUGAAAAGUCCCCUUUGCCUAUGUUUGGGGUUUGUAUUAAAUGAAACUGUUCAGUGUGGUGUAGAAUGUAUUAAUGAUAAAACAAUAAAUGU